AUGGCGAGGCACCCGGGGUUGUCGGAGCGAGCCACCCACAUCUACGAAGCAAACCGGAUCAACGAAGACGACGAGCCUCGCCUUGAAGCCUUCCACGAGACAUGGGAAGCGUACCUCGCGGAGACCAAGCUCACGCCGGACCGCAUCAUCAACACGGACGAGACAAGGCUCAUGUUCCACUCCGCAAGGUACAAAGUCGGGGAAGGCUAUCGUGUCAACAGGCACCAAGGUACCCGGCGCGAGGCGCUCCAACUCGCGAGAAAAUACGACGGUGGUCGCCAGCAUCGGCGCCGACGGCCACACCUACAACCCUAUCAUCAUCUACAAAGGCCAGCGCAUGCAACCCGCUUGGAUCCAGGACAGAACAGCGUCCCCGAUGCGAAGUACACCGUCACGGGGUCAUCCUUCGUCCAGAGCCACGUGUUCCUCGACUACCUUCGAGACCUCCGCGAACAGCUCGAUGCACGCGGCUUGCAGGGCAAAGGUGCCCUUGUGCUCGACGGCCACGCCUCGCACACGACCUUCGACGCCAUCAGCUUGGCCAUCUCUCUGGACAUCGACCUCUUCCAGCUCCCGUCCCACACAUCGCACAUCACCCAGCCCUUGGAGGUUGGUACCUUCGGAACCUUCAAGAAGGAGCUCACCAGGGUGCUCACGGCCUACCCACUGAAAAUCGGGGGAAGGAGUCCGGUGAAGCGCGACAUGGCUGGCGUGAUUGCGGAGGCAUGGAGAAGGAGCUUCACGCCUGCGAACAACAUGGCGGCGUUCAAAGGGGCGGGUUUGUGGCCGGUGAACAUGGAAAAGGCCAUCAGCCGACUACACAGCAAGAGGAAGCAAUGGGAGAAUGACCGCCCUAUCCCUGAAGACCUCGCCGUCGUUGCCUCCAAGAAGCAGUUCGAAGAAGAUCUCAGCCACGCUGCCCUCCUGGAGCUGAAACGACAGGGAGUGAUGAUCGAGGGGCUCCGCGUGAACAGCGUGUUCCUCGGCGGGCUCACCCGCCUCACCGAGCACUCCAAGUCUUUCGCGACCGUUCGGGCGGGCGGGGAGAAAGCCCGAGGGCGGUCUCCAGUCCGCCGAAGAACACCUUGCUAAGGCCAGGAAGGACAAAGAAGAGAAGGAGGCAGCUGAGAAAGUAAAGGCGGACAACGCCAAGGCCCGUACAGAUGCAAGGGCAGCGGGGGAGGCCAAUCUUGGGCAGGGCGGCGGGCGGAGCGGCGGGCGGGGAGGCGGGUGCGGCGGGCGGGGAGCUGGAGGGCGAGGCGCAGGGAGGAGNCGGAGGUUGGGGGGCGCGGCUGUGGUGGGGGUCAGGAAGGGCGAGACGGGCGCGGCCAGGGACAGGGUGGCCGGGGCCGCCCCGCUGGAGCUCGCGGAGAGGGAAGGGGGGCUGGUCGGCGAGUGGGGGCCGGUGCUCGCGUCCAAGGAGGAGCGGGACGGCCGAGAGGGGCGGUGGUUCCCUUGGUUCAGCCGCCGCCGCCGGCGGCCCCUUCGUCCUCUCGAGGACGGAAACAAACCCCGACACCAAUCGUUGAUGUGUAGACUAGAUGCUGUACGGUUAUCGUUUUUUUAUUCGAGUGAAGGAUCAAUUAUUCGAGUGAGACAUACAGAAAAGGUCAGUUGAGUGUCGAGGUGCCGAUAUGCAUUCCAGGUUUGUGCUUCAACAGCUCUUGGGGGUAGUUUUCGAGCGUCCCACGGGGGGGAGGGGGGAUGGGGGGUGUAGAGGUGUUCUCCGGAGCCCCGGGACGUUGAAAUGCUGUCCCCGGGCCUGAAGGGCUAUUGUUUUCUUUUUGCUGCGUCGCGACUUGAGCUGAUCGUCUUGAACGAACCUUUCGACGGGGCAUUCGAGUGGUGGGAAACAGGUGCGGUUUUCUGCGAGAAGUCUCACCGCAGUGCCAAACUGCUUUUUGCCUGGCCCAGUUUACGUGCUUGAAUGUAUGUAGUCUAUGUAAAGAG